AAGCUAUAAAACCCGCAAACGGCAUGGACUGGGACAACAUUCUGCCUGGAACUCUGCACCAUGGCACGCUUUCAGCCCGCCAUUUGCCGCCUGCUGGUGCUGCUGCUGGUCCUGCUUGUCGGCUGCUGUUUGGCGGCAACGUCGCGUCGGCCACGCCUCGAUGGACGCAUUGUGGGCGGCCAGGAGACGACCAUUGAGGCGAUACCCUACCAGGUGUCGCUGCAGCGCAACUAUCACUUCUGCGGCGGCUCCCUGAUCGCGCACGGAUGGGUGCUCACCGCUGCCCACUGCACGGAGGGAUCGGCCAUUCUUGUGUCGAAGGUGCGCAUCGGCUCCACGCGCACAGACACUGGCGGCAUCCUGGUGGGGAUCAAGCGCGUCCAUCGUCAUCCAAAGUUCGAGACUUACACCAUCGACUACGACUACUCGGUGCUGGAACUGGAGGACUACGACAAGAAGAACGUGACGCAGGCGUUUAUCGGGCUGCCCAAGCAGGAUGCGGCCAUUGCGGAUGGCACUGCCGUCCUGGUCUCCGGCUGGGGCAACACCCAGAGCACGCAGGAGCCGACGAGCAUCCUGCGGGCGGUGACUGUGCCAACAGUCAGCCAGAAACAGUGCACCGAGGCCUACGGCAGCUUUGGCACCAUAACGGAUCGCAUGCUCUGCGCGGGUCUGCAAGAAGGCGGCAAGGAUGCGUGUCAGGGAGACUCUGGUGGACCGCUGGCCGCCAAUGGUACGCUCUGGGGAGUCGUUUCCUGGGGCUACGGCUGUGCCCGGCCAGACUAUCCAGGCGUAUAUUCUCGUGUCUCUGCCGUGCGGGAUUGGAUAGGAUCUGUAAGUGGAGUUUGAGUUUAUUGUUAUUCAAUUAUAAAGAUAUU